UUUUCACUUUCAGUUUGUCGAGAACUGUUUGUCUGAACGCCACAAGGAGAAUCGGAGCGGAGCAAGUUAGCGGGUCGUAGUUCGGGCCAAGUUCUUCUGGCCAUCGUGCGUGCAGGAAAAAAAUUUGAAAAAGUUUAAAUUUCUAACCGAAAGCAGAGAAAGUCUACACGAAAUAGUGCGGAGAAAAAUGUGCGGCUAACAGAACGGAGAAGAAGGAGGCGGAGGAGAGGCGAGCCGUGGCGAGGAGACGUGCGGAGGAGGCAAGUGUAAGAGGCGACAAGUGUAAAAUUGCUGCACAUCAACCCAACUGGCGGGCAGAGGAAUCUUUUCAUAUCCACGGAGUAAAGCAAAAGCAGCAACAGCAAAAGCAAAAGCAAAAAUGACAGCAAUAAGUUUAAGCAAUAAAACACUGCUAGCCGGACGUUGCAGAAAUGCAUUCGGAACACAAUAAGGAAAGGCAGCGGGCAAGAGCUUUAAAAUAGAGGAGCUCGACACAGAGGCUCCCCCUUCGGCCAGAAACCCCAAAAGUCCCUCCCUCCCCCAACAACUGCCAAAUAAUAUAUAGGAAGCCAGCCAGCGGCAACGGACGCAGCCAAGGAGCCGAGAAAGGAGCCACCACGAGAGUUGACCGGGACACUGAAACAUUCCACCCCAUAGCAUGGCCUCGGUCGCCGCUUGGCUGCCCUUCGCCCGGGCGGCGGCCAUCGGGUGGGUGCCGAUCGCCACCCACCCACUGCCACCGCCGCCGAUGCCCAAGGACCGCCGUAAAACGGACGACGAGAAGCUCCUGAUCAACGUGUCCGGCCGCCGCUUCGAGACGUGGCGGAAUACCCUGGAGAAAUAUCCAGACACUCUUUUAGGUUCCAACGAAAAAGAAUUCUUCUACGAUGAGGACUGCAAAGAGUACUUCUUCGACCGGGACCCGGACAUCUUCCGGCACAUCCUCAACUACUAUCGGACCGGCAAGCUGCACUAUCCGAAGCACGAAUGCCUCACCAGCUACGACGAGGAGUUGGCCUUCUUCGGCAUUAUGCCGGAUGUUAUCGGGGAUUGCUGUUACGAGGACUAUAGGGACCGAAAGCGGGAGAAUGCCGAGCGGCUGAUGGACGACAAGCUGUCGGAGAAUGGCGAUCAGAACCUGCAGCAAUUGACCAACAUUAGGCAGAAGAUGUGGCGGGCCUUUGAAAACCCACACACGUCCACGAGUGCCCUGGUGUUCUACUACGUUACGGGCUUCUUUAUCGCCGUCUCUGUGAUGGCCAACGUGGUGGAAACGGUGCCGUGUGGCCACCGUCCGGGCAGAGCGGGAACUCUGCCCUGCGGAGAGCGCUACAAGAUCGUGUUCUUCUGCCUGGACACCGCCUGCGUGAUGAUCUUCACGGCGGAGUAUCUGCUCCGCCUCUUCGCCGCCCCCGAUCGGUGCAAGUUCGUGCGCUCCGUGAUGAGCAUCAUCGAUGUGGUGGCCAUCAUGCCGUACUAUAUCGGACUGGGGAUCACCGAUAACGACGAUGUGAGCGGAGCCUUCGUCACACUGCGGGUGUUCCGCGUUUUCCGCAUCUUUAAGUUUUCGCGCCACUCGCAGGGACUGCGGAUCCUCGGCUACACGCUCAAGUCCUGCGCCAGCGAGUUGGGCUUCCUUGUCUUCUCGCUGGCCAUGGCCAUUAUCAUCUUCGCCACCGUCAUGUUCUACGCGGAGAAGAACGUCAAUGGCACCAACUUCACAUCGAUUCCGGCGGCCUUCUGGUACACCAUUGUCACCAUGACGACGCUGGGAUAUGGAGACAUGGUGCCGGAAACAAUAGCUGGCAAAAUUGUGGGCGGCGUGUGCUCGCUCAGCGGUGUGCUGGUCAUCGCCUUACCUGUACCUGUUAUCGUAUCGAACUUUAGUAGAAUCUAUCACCAGAACCAGCGAGCAGACAAGCGCAAGGCGCAACGGAAAGCUCGCCUGGCGCGCAUCCGCAUUGCCAAGGCCUCGUCCGGAGCCGCCUUUGUCAGCAAGAAGAAGGCCGCCGAGGCACGGUGGGCCGCCCAGGAGUCUGGCAUCGAGUUGGAUGACAAUUAUCGGGACGAGGACAUCUUCGAGCUGCAGCACCAUCACUUGCUGCGGUGUCUGGAGAAGACAACGGAUCGUGAAUUUGUCGAGUUAGAAAUUCCGUAUAACGGUCAGCCCAAGCGGCCGGGCUCUCCGUCGCCGAUGGCCAGUCCCGCCCACUCGACAAACAGUGCCGCCGGCCUGCUGCAGUCCUGCUGCGGCCGCUGCUGCUCCCAGCGCUACCAGGCCUGCGGCAAGUACAUGCCGGCUGCCAGCAAUGCUCAAAAUAGCCAAAACAAUCAGCCCAUGGAUGGCACCUACCUGGUGGAGGCCUCGUUCUGAGCCGGCAGCAGGUCCGCGCCCACAGCAUCCACAUCAGCAUCCGCAUCCUUGGCCAUGGAAGCGCACGCGUCCACAUCCCACACCAGAUCGAGAUGAUUUAUGUUUAAAUUUAGACUAACUUGAAAAGUUUUUAAACUAAAUUGAAUUCGUUUGUAGAAAUCGUCGUGUGUCUGUAGUCGCCAAAGAGAAAAGGGAAAGCCCGAAAACUAAAACCCCAGUACCAGUGUAAUCUAUAAAAUCUGAUUUUCGAGUUCAAGGGAGACGAUAUUUAAUUAAAGUUAAACAGUUGCAGACUCCGGUGCAAGCGUCUCUGGAUGUGUACGAUGUAUAAAAGCACAUUUAAAACGAAAGCAGUAACAAAUUUAAUGAAAUAUAAGUGCCGAACCCAGAUUCUGUGGCGGCCAAGUCGGAUUUGAUUAGCGAAGGCCCGUUAAUGAAAAAAAAAAAUAAAACAAAAAAGGAAAAGAUACAAGUAAUAAUAAUAAUAAUAUGCAACACUAUUUACUUUAUUUAGGGGACAAGAAAACAACAGCAAACAACCGAAACCGAAGCAUUUUAGAGGAAUUUACUGUGUAUGUUUUAACAAAGUGAACAUAAAGUAGCAUAGAAGGCAAACCGUUUGAAAAGUUCUACCCACAGAAAGAUCCUAGGGAUAUACCUACGAUACAUACCUAUAACCGAAGAAGGUCGAGGGAAACUCAAGCAAGUUGCAUUGGGUCCAAGAAACCAAGAGGCAUAGAGAACAAAAACCGAACACAAUAAUGAAAUUUUAACUGCAGGCGAUUUGGGUGGAGUCGGGCAAACGAAUAGGAUUCGAGAUGAAAAAAUUAUGAGAAAUAUUAUUAUGAAUUCGUGUAUUUUUUAAAUGGUCCGUAGUCUAGUAGGUAUGAACUUCAUCGACUUCCCCCUCUAUGGUUUCUCAUCGGCAGAGAUCUCUCAGCGUUUCGGCAUUUCCACAGUUGACUAAAUAGCAAAGAGGUUUCAGUUCGUCAUUCACCUCACCCUCGCCCCUCUGGAAUACUCACUCCCAACAUGAACUAAUCAAAAUCUAUCGAAUGAAACAAGAAUUACAACUUUCUUCCAAGAACUAAGUUAGCAAGGAAACUAUUUAAAUGUAUAUGUGUGUGUAGGAAAGGCUUUAAAGAAUUGGAGCAUUAACUAACUAAAUGAACUCUUAGCAAAUUCUAACAGAAACUUAAAGUAUAUUAAUUAAUUCUAAAUUUAAAACAUUUAAAAUUAGUUCAAGUAAACACUUAAAGAUCAACAUAAAUAUGGAGCUUGUAUGUAUGAUAAAUUUAUUAUUAUUACUCUAAUUAAUAUUAUGACGACGAUGAGUGCGAUGUUGACACUUGUUUCUAAUUCUCUAAGUUGCCUCUUAAUUUCAAAAAAAAAAAAAAAAAAAAAACAAAAAAUCAAACAAGCAAAUGAACAAAAUUCUCUAACUUUUGUUAAGCGAAACGAAGAAGUUGUGAGUAAACACAACCAAAAUGUUUAUGAUUAGAUCGAAAAUUUACAAAAACAACAUCAAGAAGACAAACAACAAUUUGGUAAAUAAUACCAACUCUCGUAGCGAUAUUCUAAAAGAAAACCAAUCUAUCAAGAAAAGGCGAUGGUCUAAACCAAUAUCCGAAGGAGGAAGGGACGACAUUUCUGUUUUGAUUUUUAGUGAUAUGUAAUUCGAAUUGAGUAACAGCAAAAACGAAUACUCUGCCACGGGUCUCUGAGAAUGAAAAAGCUAAAGAUUAUAAUGAAUAAAAUAAAGAAAUCUGUUUACUUCCACCAAAACCAAAA